AUGUAUGUAUGUAUGUAUGUAUGUAUGUGUGUAUGUAUGUAUGUAUGUAUGCAUGUGUGUACAUAUGUAUGUAUGUAUGUAUGUAUGUAUGUAUGCAUAUAUAUGCUUCAGCAAGUGAAAAGUUUUGAAACUAGCCAGUACAAAUUGAAUUAUUUGGAAAUUCCCAGCGGUCUGAAAAUGGUACUCAACACCGAUCCCAGUGCAGCCGGAAUUCCGGAACUUCUACGAUGCAUAUAUCAGGUUUUGCUAUCCUAUAUCCGAUUGCUAUAUCUUUCAAAUUAGCC